UUUCUAUUUGGCUGAAGAAUUAAAUGCAGAUUUUGAGUAUUUUGAAGGUUCUGGACAUGUUAUACCUGGAGAACAACCUGAAAGAUAUAAUUCAUUACUAGAAGAACAUUUCAGAAAAGCUGGAUUAAUUGAUUCGUCAAUUUAA